CAGUGGGCGUAGCAAUUUCUACAAUGGCAGCUGUGAUGCAAGUUCAGAAGCCAGCAAAAGCAGUCCCCAGCUCCACUGUAGAAGACUAUGAACCUGCUAAGAGAUUUUGGCAUUCUACAGUAAUAGUAGGAGACUGUCUUUAUAUGUGGGGUGGGGUUGACCAUCCUAAAGAACACAAUAUUGAGAUAGAGAGAAGAGAUUCAUCAUUUCUGGAAGUACUUCACCUUCCGACUGGUAGGUGGGAGCAGAAGCCUACCACUGGUGAUCCUCCACUGGGUAUUGUAAACCAUGCAGCUGCUGCUAUUGGGAAUGAGAUAUUCUAUUAUGGAGGACAUUCUACUCAUUGGGACUAUGAUGAUAAUGUUCUGUACAGUUUAAAUUUUGAUACUCUCAAAUGGAGGAAAGUUGUGCCUACUAAUUCUGAAGAUGGUCCUAUGAAGAAGGAUUAUUGUGGUAUGAUUGCUGUAAAGAUUGAGGAAGAAGAUUACCUUGUAAUAAUUGAACCAGAUCCUAUUAAUAUUCAUUAUUUUAGAAUUGCUAUUACAGGUCAAUGGAUCUCACCUGAAGUUACUGAAGAUGCUAUUACUAGAAUUAAAUACUUUAACUUGAUGUCAGUAGAUGAUACCAGUGCUAUUUUACUUCAAGAUGAUGAUGAUAAUAUGUCAAAUAAUUCUGUUUAUCGUCUUACUUUUACUAGAGGAUCAGUGGUAUGUACAUAA